AACCACAAAGGAUAUAUAUCAAAGAUUGUAAUUCAACUUUACACUUUAAAUAAUAUAUAUAUUUUUUUGUUUUAUUGAGACUUUGAUACAAAAUAAUCAUUAAAAGAUGAUGACAUCUCUACACGAGAAAAAACCUCACCUUUACCCUGGGUUAGAUCUAGGAUACAGUGAUAGCAAGUGUGCCAAGACGAAUUUUGACGAACAGUGUUCAGGAAUGGAAAUUAAUACAGAUCACGUGGUUCUUCAUACUUAUCAACGUGUUAAACUUAUUCCAAAUGUGGACGUAUUUUCUAUGAAGCUUGAAACAUACAUGAGGAUCAGCAAAAUUCCAUAUAAGCUUGAUUCUAAAGAUUGGUGUAAAGGACCAAAGAAUACUGUUCCGUGGAUAGAUAUUGAUGGUAUAAAGAUAGAGGACUCGGGGGUUAUUAUGCGGCGCCUAAAUGAGAUGUUUAAAGUUGAUUUGAAUGAACAUUUGUCUGAUGAGGAAAAGGCUACAGCAUGGCCCGUACAGAAAUGGUUAGAAGAAUACACGUAUUGGUUAAACUACCAUUCUCGAUGGUACAUGUAUUGGGACGAUCUGGUUGUCAACAUGUUUGAAUGUCCAGCAGCUUUAAAUAAAUUGAUACGAAUUCCUGCAAGAUGGUGGCAGAAGAAACAGACAAAAGCUGUAGGCAUUGGUAAACAUACUGAUGAGGAAGUAAAUGAAAUGAUAAUUAAAGAUCUAGAACAGUUUGCUAAACUCCUUGGUGACAAGAAGUUUAUUAUGGGUGACAUAAUAAGCGAAGUUGAUUGUGCAGCUUUUGGAAUACUUUCACAAAUAAGAUGGUGUACACCAAAGUCAUGCCCUGGAUAUCAAUUAUUGACAGGUGGAAAACAACAGAACGUGAUGGACUAUCUUGACAGAAUCAAGGAUGUGUAUUGGCCAGACUGGGAGAAAAUAUGUGCAGAAUCAAAGUGUUAAAUUCUUGUUUGUCCGUGCGGGCAUAUCUACUCAUAUAUAUUAAAUCAUAGAUACGAGAUAUGAAUAAGGGUUAUUUGAUAAUAUUUCAUAAAGAUUCUAGUGUAAUGAAUAUUUUGAUUUACAUUAUAUAAUGUUAUUGCAUUGCUCUCUUGAUUUUAUGAUCAAUAAUAGAACAUAUUCUUUACUUACACGAGCGAGAUGAACAUAUAUUUUUAAAUCUAAUAUACAUUGUAAAGCUGUUAAUAAACGUGUUGUAUUGUCUUAAAUAAAAUAUUUUACAUUUGUA